GUGCUGACAAGGUGGACACAUGUGAGAGUGUGAUGGCCAAAUCUCCAACCUUCUGUCUCAACGCUAACACAUUGACCACAGCAAGAUCGUCCUGCGCCCUCUGCUGUGGAUUUUGUUCCAACACUGUGACCUGCUCCACCCCCACCAGCACCACCUACACCAGGACGUCUGCUCUAGCUACCAUCAAACCAGGUCAGGUCAUGACCUUCACCUGCAAUGCUGGCCAGUACUACGUGUCAGGAGAUCUCAGCAGGGCGUGUUCUAUGUCUGGGAACUUGCUGGGAACUGAACCUGUCUGUCAAUCAACACCUGUUGCCACUGAUGUGAAUCUGAACUCCGUCAGGAGAAGAUUGAACACUCUGCCAGUUAAAACAGUCGUCAUCUUGGACAAGGACGGAUACAGAAUCCCAUUUAACGGCAACAUAACAACCUGGUACUACUUCUGCCAAAAAGCUGGAACUGUGUACUUCACUGUGUACAGGAAAAGUGGAACCACAUACUCUUUAGUGGGCUACAACACCAUAAGCUGCUCAGCUGACUUCAAGUGGGGUGCGGACAUAGCCGCUGCCAGCCAGAUCGCCGUCCUGAAAGACGACAUCAUCGGGGCGUUUACAACUACCGCCAGCACGCUCAGCGUCAACACGUGCUCCGACACGGUGGAGAAGAUCAUGAACCUGCCCAUCGCCACCAACGUAGCUGGUGCUACCACCUUGAACACGGCAAACUUCUCUACCAUGUCCUGUUACAUCAUGUCUCUUGGAUGUAGAGUCGCACCGACGUAAUCCUUCAAAGCAUCAACUCCUUCUACUUAAAUCAGCAAGGAUAACGGCC